CUCGAAACAGUUCACACCACCCGAGAAACACAAUAUCUUGAAGAAAAAAAAACGAAGAAAGUUUUAUAUUUUUAUCUUUCAUUUGAAAACAAGAAAGCCUCAUAGUGUCGACAUGGAUUGCCAAGAGGAGCAACUGGUGAACACAAUUUGCGAUCUCUACGAAAAGAUCUCAAAGCUCGAGAGUCUAAAACCAUCCGAAGAUGUCAACAUUCUCUUCAGCCAGCUCGUUUCCACAUGCAUCCCACCCAACCCUAACAUCGACGUCACCAAGAUGUGUGACACAGUCCAAGAGACUCGACAAAAGCUCAUCAAGAUCUGUGGCGAAGCUGAAGGUCACCUAGAACAUCAUUUCUCUUCGAUCUUGACGGCUUUUGAAGACAACCCUCUUCACCAUUUAAACAUUUUCCCUUAUUACAAUAACUAUAUAAAACUCGGGAAGCUCGAAUACGAUCUCCUCACACAAAACCUAAACGGUCUUGUCCCAAGGAAUGUUGCUUUCAUUGGAUCUGGUCCUCUUCCUCUCACUUCCAUCGUUCUUGCUUCAUCCCAUCUCAAAGAGACAGUCUUCCACAACUUUGACAUCGACCCGUCAGCGAACUCGCUCGCCUCUCUUCUGGUCUCUUCUGAUCCAGACAUCUCUCAACGCAUGUUCUUCCACACCGUUGAUAUAAUGAACGUGACGGAGAGCUUGAAGAGCUUCGACGUCGUGUUUCUAGCAGCUCUUGUCGGGAUGAACAAGGAGGAUAAAGUUAGAGUGAUCGAGCAUCUUCAGAAACACAUGGCUCCUGGUGCUGUACUCAUGCUGAGGAGUGCUCAUGGCCCUAGAGCGUUUCUUUAUCCGAUCGUUGAGCCGUGUGAUCUCCAAGGAUUCGAGGUUUUGUCUAUCUAUCAUCCGACGGAUGACGUUAUCAACUCCGUGGUGAUCUCCAAAAAGCUCCCCGUUGUCUCAAACGGGAGUAUUGUUGGUGGGCCAUCGUGCUUGCUCAUGCCUUGUAACUGCUCCAAGAUCCAUGCGAUAAUGAACAAGAAGAAGAAAAUGAUGAUCGAGGAGUUGGAAGCCAGCAGGGAAGAACAAUUUUCUUAAAAUGACGUUAUUAUCUUAAUUCACUGUCUUAAUUAUGGUUUGUGUCUUUGUGUUGUGCGUUGGUGUAUUUCUCUAUCCAUUGUUCUCUGGUUUGUUAUAACUUAUAAAAGUGUAUUUGUUUCUGCAAGAGCAUGGUAGAAAUGUAACGACACAUCCAACUCAUGAAACUACAAAAGAAAGUAUCAAUUUGGAAAAUGUUGAUGCAA